CGCCGCCCCGCACUUCACUACUCGCACAGCGACGCCUCGCCAUGGAGCACCGUCACGGUCACCGCCUGGAGCGCCGCCUGCUCUGCCUGCUGGCCUGCUUCUUCUCCAGCCUGCCUGCGGCCGCCGCGCUGGAGUACUGCGGCUCGCUCAACUUCUGCCCCAGCGGGACCUUCUGCUGCUUCGACGACAUGUGCUGCAACACUACCUACGUGACGCUGGGGGCCAUAGCGGCGGCGGUCGUCCUCAUAGCCCUCAUAGCGUGCUGCUGCUGCUGCUGCUGCGGCCGCAGGGUGAGGCGGGGCGAGAUUGUGGUCGUGAACAACAGGCCCCUCCUGACCUCGCCCUGAACGCCGGAGCGGAGAGAAGACGCAACGGCAACGGCGACGACCGCAACGUUCUUACGUGUGUUCUUAUAAGCAACUCUGACUGAUUCUCACUUUGCGAUGUGUCAGUGAAACGAAAGUCUUGUUUCAUACAUAAAAUCUAGAGGUGUAUAUAUUGAAGUAAUUUUAAUAAAGAAAGAAAUACCGUC